AUGCUACCAGUUCCUCUCCUUGUGCGGGGAGGUGCCCGAGCUGCACGUCUCGGCGUUGCUUCCACUCGUUUGGCCAGAUUAUCAGCAACGGUCCCCUGUUUGGGACCCCAGAGACGCAAAUACUCUCCCCGGUCCGAGCCCUACCUCUCGACGCGUUCGACCGUCGUCCAGCUUUUGAGCAACAUUGGUUCGAAGCGGGAGGUGCAACAGUACUUGUCUCACUUCACCUCCGUCUCUUCCCAGCAAUUUGCGGUCAUCAAGGUCGGCGGUGCGAUUAUAACCGAGCAUCUACAAACUCUAUCCUCCGCCCUUGCAUUCCUGAACCAUGUCGGUCUUUAUCCUAUCGUCGUGCACGGCGCCGGUCCGCAGUUGAACAAGCUGCUUGAGGCUGCAGGCGUUGAGCCGCAGUUCGAAGAUGGAAUUCGGGUGACGGACGGCAAGACUCUGGCGCUGGCCAGAUCGCUCUUCCUGGAGGAGAAUCUCAAGCUGGUGGAGGAAUUGGAGCGGCUGGGAGUCAGAGCGCGACCGCUGACAACGGGUGUUUUCUCGGCGGAUUAUCUGGAUAAGGAGAAAUAUGACCUGGUUGGCAAGAUCAAUGGGGUGAACAAGAAGCCAAUUGAAGCAGCUAUCAAGGCUGGGUGUCUCCCCAUUUUGACGUCAAUGGCAGAGACGCCGGAAGGCCAGGUCCUAAACGUCAAUGCCGAUGUUGCUGCCGGUGAGCUGGCAAGGGCGCUCCAGCCAUUGAAGAUUGUGUACCUGGCCGAAAAAGGUGGGCUCUUCAACGGUGAUACCGGCGAAAAGAUUUCUGCUAUCAACCUGGAUGAGGAGUACGACGAUUUAAUGAAAUUGUGGUGGGUUCGCCAUGGCACCCGCUUGAAGAUCAAAGAGAUGAAAGAGCUACUCAAUGAUCUUCCGCGCACAUCAAGUGUUGCCAUCAUCCAUCCUGCCGACCUUCAAAAGGAAUUGUUUACAGAUACGGGCGCCGGGACGUUAAUUAGAAGGGGUAACAAGCUUCUCGUCAAAUCGUCCAUCGAUGACUUUGAGAACCUCGAUGCGCUUCGAAAUGCGCUUGUUCGAGAUCGCGAGGGACUAGAUGCCCAGACAGUUGUUGAUAGGUACAUUCAGUCUCUAAGAGAUGGCGAGUUCAAAGCAUAUUUCGACGAGCCCAUGGACGCUCUGGCAGUCGUCUUACCUCCUAAGGAAGGAUCUUCCUUCUCGCGCUUGGCCACGCUUACAAUUACGAAGGCCGGUUGGCUCACUAACAUCGCGGACAACGUUUUUGCGAGCGUCCAGAAGGAUUUCCCCAAAUUGGUAUGGACAGUUAAAGAGGACGAUGAGAAUCUGACUUGGUUCUUUGACAAAUCUCAGGGUAGCCUUAACCGCGAUGGUGAAGUCUUGUUUUGGUCCGGCGUCAACAGCCCACAGGAAGUUGGCGAGCUGGUACAAGAGUUUAGCAAGCGUGGAAGCGAUAUGUUUGCAGAUACCAAUACGGCCCAGAAAAUCCCGGCUUCCGCUAAAACUGGCGUGAACUCAGCUUUUGGUCAGCAAAAACGGACGUUUUCAACUACAAGCUCAAAUGCACGUCGCGCAUAUUUGGGCCGGCAAAUGGGAGUCAACACCCAAUCCGUUCGAGCAUAUACUACGACCAACCCGAACCCUCCCCUUGGUAAGAAGAAUGCAUCCAACACACAGCCGUCCAGGGUAGCACUUAUUGGCGCUCGGGGCUACACCGGCCAGGCGCUCAUUAGCCUUAUCAAUGCGCAUCCGUACCUGGACUUGCGACAUGUUUCCUCACGUGAGUUGGCGGGUAAGCCGCUUCAAGGCUACGACAAGCGCUCUAUUACGUACGAAGAGCUCAGCCCCGAUGACGUUCGACGUAUGGCAGCCGAAGGUUCCGUUGACUGCUGGGUUAUGGCACUUCCCAACCUUGUCUGCAAACCGUAUGUUGAUGCUAUCAAUGAGGUCGACAAGGAGAAGGCCGUUGUCGUAGACCUAAGCGCGGAUUACCGUUUUGAUAGCAAGUGGACAUAUGGGCUUCCAGAACUAGUUAAUCGAGGGACCAUUGCACAGGCUAAGAGGAUUGCAAAUCCAGGGUGUUAUGCCACUGCUGCUCAACUGGGUAUCGCGCCAUUGGCCCCAUUUUUAGCUGGCCAGCCAACUGUCUUUGGCGUUUCUGGCUACUCCGGAGCCGGAACGAAACCCAGCCCCAAAAACGAUGUUGCAAACCUGACGAACAAUAUCAUACCGUACAGUUUGACAGACCACAUUCACGAGAAGGAAGUUAGCUCGCAACUUGGUGUCGAUGUUGCCUUCAUUCCUCACGUGGCCGUUUGGUUCCAGGGUAUUCACCAAACCAUCAGCAUGCCAUUGCAGCAAUCUAUGACUUCUCGUGACAUUCGCAACCUCUACCAAGAUCGCUACGCUGGAGAAAAGCUGGUCAAGGUAGUUGGAGAAGCACCUUUGGUCAAAAAUAUUGCCGGCCAUCACCACGUUGAGAUCGGCGGGUUUGCCGUUCAUUCAAGUGGCAAGCGAGUUGUGGUUUGCGCCACCAUCGACAACCUCUUGAAGGGUGCUGCAACACAGUGUCUUCAAAACAUGAACCUUGCGCUUGGAUACUCGGAGUUUGAAGGGAUACCUGACGAACAAUAG